UCGGCUCUCCCCGGCGCGAGCUCGCUUUGGCCGGACUCGGUUCGUUCCGGCUCGGUUCGGCUCUGCCCGCUCGGGCUCGGCCCGGGAUCAGUGGUCCCUUCUCCGUGCCUUGUUGCUGAGGGUGCGAAAGGCCCGCGAGCCGGGGGCUGUCGGUUCUGCCGUCUGCUGGGAGCACCUUUUCUUUAGUGAAUCUUAAGUCUUUUUCCUCAGUGCUGCCCGGGGUAUAGGUGAGCACCCGAAAUAAACACCCUCGGCCCGAGGUGAGAUAGCAGCGAUGUGCAGCGCCGUGUUGCCGAAGGGUUUUGCUAAGUGACUAACAAAACCUGAACAUCAGGAAGAGCAGGAAACAUUGUCCAUAGUGAGUUAGUGGAUGGCUGAAAUUUGGCUUGACUAUUGAGUUGCUGAAAUGUUUUGCUGCUUGAGAACCGUGAGAAGGCAGAAAACAUUAGUCUGAACUGCUUUUAUGUAUCUAACUGAAGAGCUGGAAAAGUUGAUAGAAAAAAGGUUAUGUCUGGACAAGAUAUUGCUACAGUGUGUUCUUCAGGCAAGAACUUUGUCAGGAGCUGAUGCCAUCAAUGCUCUCAGACCUUUCUAUUUUGCUGUACAUCCAGAUUUCUUUGGUCAGCAUCCCAAAGAGAGGGAAGUAAAUGAAAACUCUCUGAAGAGGUUAAAUGGCUACUUGGAGAACCUACAGAAACCAGGAUUUCGUUCCUUGAAGCCAACUCAGCUUACUUUUUAUGUAAGAGAAACAGAACCAAACUCUUCUAAUGUUCAAGAAUCCUUCAGUGCUUCAGGGUUUCGAGCAGUCAGUUUUACGUUACGUACUAGGGAUCUCCUGAGCACAGUAUUAGAUAUUCUCAACUCCUGCAGUUUAUCUACAGAGCAUAUUCAGAGUUUGAAUGUGAACUCUCAGCCACACAAGGAAGCAAAAAGCACAGUGAACAGACCUAUCAAAUGGGAUAAGACUUAUUAUUCGUUUACUGGAUUCAAGGAUCCUGAGGAGGAACUAGAACAAGCCCAGAGAGUGGAAACAACUUUAAUAUCCUGGCUAGAUGAUAAUGGAGCAAGUGCAGUAAAAAAGCUGAAAAAGAGUUUGCCGCUUAGAAAAGAACUAGAACGUUUAAAAUUUGAACUUUGUAAUGAACUCCAGCUCUCAGAUAUCAGGUGGCAGAGAAGCUGGGGUAUUGCUCACCGCUGUAGCCAGCUGCACAGUCUAGCUCGCUUAGUCCAACAGCGACCUGAAGUAUUAAAGAAUGUUAAAGGGCGCACAGUGGUGUUUACAGACCGCUCGGGUAUGAGUGCAGCAGGUCACAUAAUGCUGGGGACCAUGGAUGUUCACCAUCACUGGACCAAAAUUUUUGAGAGACUGCCAAAUUAUUAUAAGCUUCAAAAAAGGCUGCUGUUCUUGGAAGAUCGGAUAAGUGAACUUCUGGGAGGCAUACAAGUAAUAUAUAUUGAAGAACUGCAACCUUUGUUGACUCUAGAAGAGUACUACGAGACUCUGAACUCUUUCUAUAAUAAAUUACGUGACAGUAGACUGCCUUUUCAUCCUCGCAGUCUGCGAGGUUUGCAAAUGAUUCUGGAAAGUGACAGAUAUGCACCAAGCUUACAUGAAUUUGGACACUUUAUGAUCCCAACGGUCUGCGAUCCAGCAGCUCUUCAAUGGUUUAUUUUUGCCAAAGCACAGGAAGCAAGAGAGAAUCUGAAAAGAAAGGAGGAGAUGAUGAUUACAGAAAAAGAGCUAAUUGAUACUUCCACUGAAAAAUUCUCUUUGGACCGGCUGUAUAAGGAGCCGAGUGUUUCCAGUGCCCAGAUGAUAGAUUGUUGUAAGCGGCUGCUGGAAGAAUCGCUGCCAUACCUACAAGGCAUGCACCUUUGCAUUUCACAUUUCUACUCUGUGCUGCAGGAUGGAGACCUGUGUAUACCUUGGAACUGGAAAAACUGAGAGACAUAUCUGAUAAUCAGAUGAAUUGUUUAUUUUCUGUAAGAGGUUAUAAAUAUGAAUGUUUUUAAGAGUAAAUUAUUUAAAUCUGUAUUUUGAUAUCAGUAUUCAACAUACAAAUUUUCUUCCAGCUGCUGCUCAAGAAGGAGUGGAGUCCUAGACAAUUUGCACAAUGCACAGUAUUAGUAGUUCUGAAAAAGACAUUUGUACAUCAUCUAUACUACUGUAGAAGUUCAAUGUACGUUAACAGUUGUGAAACUGCAUUUUUGUAGUGAAUUCUGAAAAUACAUUAAAUUGUGAGUCUGCAAAAA